GGCGCACCUCCCUCUUCCUCACUGAAGGGGGCCCGCCCGCAGCUUGUUUCCGGUUCGGUUUGUCCAAGAUGACGGAGGCGGGCGCCUCUCCAGAGGACCCAUGGGUCAAGGUGGAGUAUGCCUACAGCGACAACAGCCUGGACCCCGGGCUUUUUAUAGAGAGCACCCACAAGGGGAGUGUAGUGUCCAGAGCUAAUAGCAUCGGUUCCACCAGUGCCUCUUCUGUCCCCAACACAGAUGACGAGGACAGUGAUUACCACCAGGAGUCCUACAAGGAGUCCUAUAAGGACCGGCGGCGGCGAGCACAUACUCAGGCCGAGCAGAAGAGGAGGGACGCCAUCAAGAGAGGCUAUGAUGACCUCCAGACCAUCGUCCCUACCUGUCAGCAGCAGGACUUCUCCAUCGGCUCCCAAAAGCUCAGCAAAGCCAUCGUUCUACAAAAGACCAUUGACUACAUCCAGUUUCUGCACAAGGAGAAGAAAAAGCAGGAAGAAGAGGUGUCCACACUGCGCAAGGACGUUAUGGCCCUGAAGAUCAUGAAAGUGAACUAUGAGCAGAUCGUGAAGGCGCACCAGGACAACCCCCAUGAGGGGGAGGACCAAGUCUCUGACCAGGUCAAGUUCAACGUGUUUCAAGGCAUCAUGGACUCCUUGUUCCAGUCCUUCAACGCCUCCAUCUCUGUGGCCAGCUUCCAGGAGCUGUCGGCCUGCGUCUUCAGCUGGAUCGAGGAGCACUGCAAGCCUCAGACCCUCCGUGAGAUCGUGAUUGGCGUCCUGCACCAACUGAAAAACCAGCUUUACUGACUGGCUCUUGGAAGUCUACAGAACAGCCACCAAGAGUCCCCGGAUUCUCUCCUAUUCGACCACCGAGCUACUGCGUCCAGAGCCUGGACUGCAGCACCUUGCACUGGUCAGCUGGCUUCCACCUGGUGUUGGGCUCUCCCAGCCCAUGGCAUCUUCACUGGGUGAAGGUGCCUGUAUCUUGAAAGCUUCUGAUUAAUUUAUUACAUUGAGCAUAAAACUUGACCCUGCCCAGUCUUCCCUCUUCUCCUGGAGGUCCUCAGGUUCGAAGUCUGCUCCAAGCACCCCACAGACCUUCUGGCUUCUCAGCCUCCCACCCAAUCCUCAGGUUUCUGUUCAUGACCUGCAUAUUUGAAACUGUUUGCCUCUUUUGGUGUCUGGGGCAACAUUUGGCCCAAGUUUAGCCAUCUUGGCAAUAAUUGGCAGGGAGAAGAGGAGUAAGAAGCAGCCUUCCCACAGCUGUGAAGGGCAAAAGGUCACCUUGUGCCUGGACUGGAGCUGCCUGGUCAGUCCAGGGAGAGGCCAGCACUUCCUGGCCAGCUCAGGGCGGGGCUGCCAGGUUCCUCCCCUCACCUCAUGUUCAUCACCACCUCCUCGACUCCUGCCCUGAGUUCCCACAGGCUGCAGCCUUGUACGGCAGAGGCAGGUGUGACGCAGCACUACAUAUUUGAAAUUUUUUAUUUUUCUAAAUACCAAUGAUGCAGUUUUGCUAGUCACAAUUUUGGAAUAUGAACUGGGCCUCAAAACCAUCCUCAGCCUUCCUGUCGGGUAUCUGGGCCUCUACUGUGUCUCAGUGCUGCCUAUACUCAUGGGACUUGGGAGUGGGGUGAAGGGUACAGGAGAUAAUCAGGUCUCCUGGCGCCCAAGCCUAGGGGAGUCCUGGGCAAAGCAUGGGCUCUGUGAAUGCUGGCAUGAAGGAGCCUCUACCCUUGUCCUCCAGCUCCCUCUGCCUUCCUCAGAUUGGAUAUCUAGAAGGCUUGACGAUCCAGAGGAAAUUAAAUAUUUUUAUAUCAAAUUAUACUACAAUAAAUCUUGCCAACUGC